AUGGCCUCCUAUCAAGAAAACACCAAGCGAGUCUUGGAGGCUCCGUAUAUGCAGGCAUUGCGGCCCGGUUCGCAGGAUGGCGGGAACACUACAGUAGUCGCGGGUGUUGGCGACUGCAAUAGCCGUUUGCUAAAGAUGCAGGAUGGUCGUGCAUUAGGAGGAUUUGGAUUUGAGAUGGCAAAGCCAAAGCCAAGCCGCGAAUAUGAGGUGGUCCAGUAG